GGAGUGUCGCACUAUCGCAGUGGUCGUAUUGCCAGCUUCACGUUUAUUGGACGCAGCUGCACCGAAGUUAUCACAUCUCACGAGUUGUUGUUUAGUCGUAUAUUUUAUUGUCUAUUUCCGUUGCACCUACGAAUAUGUCUAACGCCGGCGUGCCCGACAGUGUCAAGUGUCUGGACGGAGUCGACUACGAAGUCGUAAAACACAACGCCCAUUUCGAAUGGGUAACUGAAUACGAGAAUACCAUUAAACGAUUGUCUUCGGAAGUGUUUGACACCCUGGGGGUGCAGAACGAGGGACGCACGCUGGACGUCGCCGUUAAGGGUCUUGACGGGUUCCAAGGAGACCUGAAAUCGUUAAUGGACGCUCUGGUGAAACAGGUCACCGACAAAUCCGGCGUGGACGACCGGGCCAAAUCCUUCGCCGGCGAAUGGGCUGACGCCGCCAAGUACCACGCCGACCUCAAGUACCAUCACGCGGGCGGCGGUCCGAGCGCCAAGAAAGUGCGCUGGGGCUUUGAGUGCGCCAUCAAGUACAUAAUCGUGUGCGCCACCCAUCUGGCGGACGAGGGCGACGCGGACUUCAAAAAGGAAGUUUCCGGCUACGUGAAAGACGUCAUCAUUCAAAGCCUCAUCGAUCGUCUGAACGGCGUAAAGAGCGAACUGGAAGCUCUCCAAAAAGCCUCGUAGACACAACGACGACGUUAUGCGCCGUGACGAGAACUUCUAUACAUACUUAUUCUAAUAUUAUACAAGACAAACAUCAACAUCAAUUAUCAAUUUAAACCUGUGUUUAUUAAUAUUUAUUUUAUAAUAUAAAGCAUACAAGUUUUUUAAUA